AUGGGUUGUAAAGAAAGCAAAGAAAAUGAUGCAGGUAGAAGAAAUUCUAGCAAAUGCACCUCUUCUUCUAGCAAGUCUUAAUCGAGAAGGCAUCUAAACGUUUAUUAAGAUUUUACUAUUGUUAAAAAAAUAGGUUCUGGAGGUUACGGAGAUAUAUACUUACUAAAACUGUAAUAAGAUGGUAAGUACUAUGUGCAAAAAAGAAUAAGUAAACUAAAAUUAAAGUCUCAUAAAGACUCUGUAAUUAUUGAAAAAGAAAUUAUGAAAACUAUUAAGUCUCCUUUUAUACAAAGUUUAAAAGCCUCUAAGCAGGAUGACAAUUAUGUGUAUUUAUACACUACUUUUGAAGUUGGAGGUGAUUUACUGACUUAUAUAUAAAGAAAAAGACAUCUUAGUGAACAACAUACUAAAUUCUAUGCUGCAGAGAUUUUAUUGGGACUUGAAGCUUUGCAUUCCAAAAAAAUCAUACAUAGAGAUAUUAAACCAGAAAAUAUUCUUAUUAGUUCUACAGGUCAUGUAAAAAUUACUGAUUUUGGUAUUUCUAUAUUUUCUGAUAAAGAUCCUAAAGUUGGCUAUCAAGAAAAUAAUAGAAUGUCUAUUAUUUCUCAGUCUACAUAAAAUGAAGAAGUUUAGUCUAGAAUAUCUGAUAUCAAAUAAUUCUAAGGAACUCUCUAGUACAACGCUCCUGAAAUUUUGAAAUUUUAAGAAUUCAGCUACUAAGCUGAUUUUUGGGCAUUUGGAAUAUUGAUAUUUAUGCUUUUAAAGGGAUAUCAUCCAUUCGUAGACUAUAACAGUGAUGAUCCAGAUUUUGCAACCUACUAUAAUAUAAUCAAUGGGAGAAUUUUAUAAUAUAAUGAGACUCCUUCUUUAUCAAUACAGGCAGAGUCUUUAAUCAGCUUGUUAUUAGACAUUAAUUAAUACUCAAGAUUAGGUGCUGGGGGUAUAGAAUAAAUUAAAAAUCAUUAAUUCUUCUCAGGUAUAGACUGGAAAAAGGUUUCUGAAUUAAAAGAAUAGCCUCCUUUUAUUCCUUCUAACUAAGAUAAUGCUUUGUUGUAAAACUUUGAUAAAGAAGUAUUGCAGUCUGUUGAUAACUAAAAAAUGUCAUAAAUUCCUCAUACUAACUAGUUUACUCCUUAUCCUAAUUUUACUUAUGAAGAACAGUAGUAUUAAGAGGAAGAAAAAAAAGACCCACAAAUAUGA